AUGGACCUCUACAAUACCUGUGAAGGGAACUGGGAACAACUUGCUACCAAAACUGGAGUCGGCAUUCUGUUGUUAGACGAGUUCCUAGACUAUGCUGCUAGAUUUUUAUCCAAUAUCGGCAAUUACUUCGGAUCCGGUGACCAGAAAUUCACACCUGAUAUAUCUGGAGAAGCCCUUAAUUUUCUAGCAUCAGUAUCUUCAUCGGCGAGUAAGAUACUUGAGCAGAUCAAGCCUGACGACAUCGCCUACAACAUGUAUCUUCAGCUGGGUGUUGAUGGGCUUCGGGGCCUCGAGAAUUACGAUCCUACGACCAAAAUAUUGGAACAAGCACAUAGUCGAGAUGUGGAGAAGAAUAGCUUGACGGUCAAAGUUGACCGAUCGCGCGUAAUCUCUCAUGGCAAACCAUCACUGGGUCGCAUGCUCCUAAAACUUCAUAUCUAUCGUUGCACUGCUGACGUCUCCAACUGCCGCCGCUUCUAUGAGAAUCUAUCAAUUGUUGACGACGAAGCUCUGAAAUGGAGAGAUAUUCUUGUCUCCAAAAAAGACCCUCCUUUGGUGUUUAGCCAAGCAAACACCUACCUCGUCGGUGAUGACGUGAAGAUAAAGGAGUAUGAACCCACAGCUCAGGGAGUUGUGCAAAGCUGGGCUGAAAGAAGCAUCGAAUAA